UGAGCGUCUGCAAUAAAGAGCACCCCGAAUGGCCCUUGUCCUCAAUUACUCAGGCUCGUGCCCAGACAAGGGAUCUAUAAACGUCCCCCAUAUUUAUACAGACACGUCCAUUGUUGUACACAGGCGAGGAGGGUCCACGCUCGCUCAAAUAAUACCGAAACUGGUCUCCAAUAAAAUGGCCGCCGCGGUACAAACCAGCACCCACCACUGGAGACACAUUGUAAAUAAAAACUGUGACCCCGCCCAUGGAGAGUUCGUCACUUCCGGUGGUGCAGCAGCCAUUUUGUCUUUCCGUGAGAAGUGCCUUGGCCAGACGUUCCGAUACCUGCAGUUCCUCGUGGAGCUGUCAGUGAGUUCCGCCUGCAAGAGGAUGUCCAAUGAGGAGAGCUACCUUGCUAUCCUCCGCUACCUCACUAACGAGCGGGAGCCCUAUGCCCCGGGCACCGAGGGCAAUGUCAAGCGCAAGAUCCGCAAGGCUGCAGCCUGCUACGUGGUGCGGUCCGGCACCUUGUAUUACCAGCGCCGGCACCGGGACAAGGAGCGCUUCACCGAGCUGGAGGUGGUGCUGCAGUCCGAGCGCAGGAAGGGGCUGCUGGAGAAGGCGCACAUCGGGGCGGGAGGGGAGCACCUGACCCGGCACCAGACAUGGCACCUGCUGUCCCAGAGCUACUGGUGGAGAGGUAUUUUGAAAGAAAUGAAGGAUUACAUCAAGAAAUGCAGUAAAUGCCAGGAAAAGGCUGACCGCUCACGUUCUUCUAAUGAUCCCUCCGAAAUGUUGGAGGAGUUUGGGCUCGAGGUGUGCUUGGAUGGCAAUGAAACGGAUGAGGAACAAGGCAACUUUGCAUCUGGAGCAAAUGCAGAUCCUAAACCUUCAAGAAAGAAGCCAGUGGCAAAGCACGAACUGGUUUUUGUGGACAGUAAAGGCAUAGUGAAGCAGUCUUCUCUUAAGCAUGGCCAGGCAGUACUGAAUCAGUUAAACCAGCAGAGGCUUGCCAACCAGUUCUGUGAUGUGACCCUGUUCAUAGAAGGAGAGGAGUACAAGGCCCAUAAGUCCGUCCUGGCGGCCAGCAGCGAGUACUUCAGAGAGCUCUUUAUUGAAAAAGGAGCCGUCUCUAGCCACGAAGCUUUUGUGGAUCUUUCAGGAUUUUGCAAGGCCAGUUUCCUGCCACUGCUGGAAUUUGUGUACACCUCCGAGCUGCGCUUUGAUUUCUGCAGCAUGGCUGACCUCGUAAUGCUCGCGCGGCAUCUCUUCAUGCAUGAAGUGUUAGAAAUCUGUGAACUGGUGCAUAAACAAAUGGAAGAAAAACAGCUCACAUUGUAUCAGAAAGGAGACGUUCAGACCGUAGCUUCAGAAGCAGAUGUGCAGGUGGUCCACGUGGAAGAGACAGGGAUUGUAGGCACGCCAAAAUUGUCUGUAGUGAAAGAGGUGGCAAGUGGCCAGCAGAUUAUAACCUUGGAAAAUGUGAAAUGUCAAACCGCAGAAGAGGUAAUAGCAAGCACAGCUUCCCCGCCAAAUGCUAUUUCAACGACUCUGUCAGUGGAAGCCACGCUACAGCUGACCAAUGACCGUGGGAUUCCAGUUGGCUCUGUUGACGGCGCCCAGUUUGGCUCUGUUGAUGGCGCCACAGCAAUUUUCAUAUCGAAUUCCACAUCAGACCAGCAGCCGACGGUCCUUAUUCCGACAGUCAUUGAUGUGUCAUCAGUCGAACCGCAGCAAACUCUACAAAUAAUUCAAGAAGUUAUUACAUCGGAAGUACAGCUUAGCGCUGAACCCUCAGAAACAUUGACUAAUAUCCAAGGAUCAGAAUCUCAGGAGAUUCCUGUCCAUGAAAGUGUUGUUGAGGAACAGGCAGAUUUAACUAGGAAUGCCUUAUCCUCAGAAGACACCCCUCCUUUGGCUGCAGAAGGCUCACCUUGUGUAGAUGAGGCCAUGAAUGUAGAUGUUAAUGAGGAUAAAGAACACCAAUCAAAGACUAAAGAGAGCCUGAAAAGGAAGCGUGGUAAGCUGCCCACAUCUUCAAAGUCAGCAGCUGUUGAAGGAAGUACCUCUCAACCAACAAUCCCAGAUGUUGUUGAUAAAGCAUCUAGUGAAGGAACCGCUGAUGACGGAGCUAAGGCCUCAAACGUAGACGAUCAGUCUUCUGGAACAGAUACUCCACCAUCUGAGAGUCCAGGCUCUUCAGAAAUGGACCCUUAUAAAAGCAAGCUACGAGAGCGCUCUGUUGGAGAAGGUGGAUACAUACAGUUGCACAGGGGCAAAGAAAAGAAGAACUUCAAUAGAAAAUCAAUCCUCAAGUCUGCAGUUCAGCAGGCUGCUCGGAAAUUGGUGCAGAGAGGUAAAAAGCGAAUGCUGCCGCCCAAAAAAGAAGUCCCAAAGGUAGAAGAGGAGCACAAGUGUAAGGAAUGUGGGAUGGUGUUUCAGCGCAAGUAUGCCCUGAUCAUGCACAGCAUGAAGCAUGACUGUGUUAAAGAAUUCAAGUGCCCGUUGUGCCAGAAGGAGUUCCAGUACAGGGCUUCAUUACGUACCCAUCUGAUCAGACACUCUCGUAAAACCGAGCCAGCUGCUGAAGAGACAGAAGCCAUCAAAGGAAGGACCAAACGUCAAUAUAUAUGUGACAUUUGUGGAAGAACCCUCCCAAAAAUGUGUUCUUUGAGGUUACAUAUGCUCAAGCAUACUGGCGUUAAGCCACAUGCAUGCCAGAUUUGUCAGAAGACAUUUACUCAUAAGCAUGGAUUGAAGAUGCACCAGGCUUUACAUGAUUCGCAAAAACAGUUCAAAUGUGACUUGUGUGACAAGUCAUUUGUGACAAACCGCAGUCUGCAGGAACACGUGAGCACACAUACAGGUGAAACUAAGUAUCUUUGCACAGUAUGUGGAAAAACUUUCCACCGAGCAUCUGGCCUUAGUAAACAUCUGAAGAAGCACAGGCCUAAACCUGAAGUUAGAGCAUAUCACUGCACACAGUGUGAGAGAAGUUUCUCUGAAGCACGGGAUCUGCAGCAGCACAUGAACAAGCACCUUGGUGUCAAGCCCUUUGAAUGUGAAGUUUGUGGGAAGUGUUACAGCUGGAAGAAGGACUGGUAUUCACAUGUGAAAUCCCAUUCAGUUACAGAGCCAUAUAGGUGUAAUAUCUGUGGAAAGGAGUUCUAUGAGAAGUCAUUAUUCAGGAGACACGUUAAUAAGGCAACCCAUGGCAAGAAAGGAAGAAUCAAGAGGAACAUUGAGCGAGUUUGUAACCACUGUGGAAAGGCCUUCACCCAGCUGAGAGAGUUCAGAAGACAUGUGAACAAUCACGAAGGGGUAAAACCAUUUGAGUGCCUUACAUGCGGUGUAGCCUGGGCCGACGCCCGUUCCUUAAAACGCCACGUAAGAACACACACUGGAGAGAGGCCGUAUGUUUGCCCUGAGUGCAAUGAAGCCUACAUAGAUGCCCGCAAUCUACGGAAACAUAUGACCAAGUAUCAUAGCUAUAUUCCUUGCAAAAUCAUGUUGGAGAAGGACAGUUUACAGUUUCACCAUCAAGGAACCCAGGUUGAACAUGCCGUCAGCUUUAUGCCAAAUGAGGCGGGAGAGUCGCAAUCGGGGGCUGUCACCGAGGAGAUUGAGACUGUCUUAGUAACUGGAGAUGUGCUUGAAACGGUCGAGGAUGUUUCUAGCACCCAAAAUUCAGACGUGACUUCUCUUUCUGACCAAAACAUCAUGCAAGUGGUUAACUAUGUACUGGCCCAGCAACAAGGGGUUAACCUUCCGGAAGAAACUGAUCACAUUGAGACUGUGGAAGUGGAGGUGUCUGAGGUCCUAUGACCUUCUAUAGAAGUGUAAUUAGUUGUACAUAGUAGCACUUGCCAAUAAAGUAUGUGACCCUUAUGUGUAAAGAAAUAUCUAAAUGGUAUACUUAUUUUGUGAGUUUGCACAUGUUGGUUUUGUAUACCAUUCUUAGGCCGGCC